UGUCAGAUCAGACGUGAAUCAAGAUUAAAGCUAAGACCUUGGAAUAUGGCAUCAAUUGAAAAGUGUAUGCGCAUGCUCGCAGUCUUGCUUACGAUGGCGACAUUGGCUUUAUCGCAGACUUCAGUGAACGAGACCGGAUACGACAGAACCUGUUUCCUCCCUCCAUCUAAACGAACAAGCAACGAGGACCAGCUGCUGUUAUUUGAUUUUUCGCUGCCACCUUCGACGGAUGCAUUGACAGAAGAAGCAUUUGACUAUCUCGCUUUUCCAACAGGAACAUGCGGAGUCGAGCUCUUCUUUCGUAACCCACACCUUUAUCUGUCACCAGAACUUUUACCUACAAUUAAGAACAUCACGACAAACUUCUUUCCAAAGUUUUGUACGCAACACUACGUUAACUCGAACCAGACAUCACCCCUAUGGCGCUUCGACGUUAUAACAACAGGUACUCAAAUCUUUGGUGUGCCAUCAAGACCACUAGUACCGGAUGAAGAGCUAAGCCGUGUCCCCGACAGUUGGCUGACGAGUGGUGGCAUUCUCAUCCGAAUUACGACCGACUCCUUAGCUGCCGCGGGAAAGCUUAUAAUACGCUGCAACGCACCAUAUCUGUUCCCGGUUCCUGAUUCGAUCUACAAUGUAAACUUCACUUUUGAAAUCAAUGGUUGUCCAUCAGGGAAAUAUGACAGCCGUUGCGAGAAACUUUGCAAUUGUGCAGAGGGAGUGGAAUGUCACAGCUUCAAUGGGAUAUGCAUGUGUCCACGAGGACUGCGUCGCAUUCGGUGUGACCAAAGAGAUCCAGAGCUCGCGACCAAUCUCACCCAGGGGUUCAUUUCCUAUGGCGAGUCAUCCAACCUGACAUGUACAACCUAUGGAAUGUCACCAUCUAAUUGGUCUUGGACCAAGGAAGGGCAAACAACACCCUUGGAGACAGUCACGUGGGAGAAAUUAGUCCCAUAUUCACCAAGGCCAACCAUGUUAGUUACCACCAUAUAUGCAGAAAGUACAUCUGCCAAUGGCGGCUAUGUGUGUGAGGUUCGUGAUGAAAAUGGCACCAUUUAUAGACAGCUCGUCAAUGUCACUGUCAUAGCCAUUCCUGAUCCAUUCAUCCAAGUGCCUGAAAAUUGCACCACCCUUGCAGGCAAGAACGUCACAUUCACCUGCCAAACUAAAGCAGAUGCUGGAAGAAUCAAAUGGGUCAAAGGUCGCAACCAGACACGUUGUACGGGUGCAGAGAUCAAGGACAAACCAGGUCGAUAUGAGAUAUUGAGUUCGACCGGGGGCGUGUGCCAGCUCUGUAUCUAUGGGGUGGAGUUUGCAGAUGAGGAUGUGUACAGUUGCUGUGUUGGACACGCAGCAGCAGCACAGGAUCUGAGCUACGUUGAGGCACUACUUGUUGUUCAAUCUGCCCCGAGGGCUGACUGCUCAUUUCAAGACAUCAUUGAUGUCCGUUCUGGUCACCUCCUGACCCUUUGGUGCAUCUUGGAGUCCGCCAAGCCGGUCCCAACACUCACCUGGACGGUAGAAGGCAGACAGAAAGCCCUACAGCCAGUGAGUAAUACCAGACUGUCUGGCGACGAUAGCCCCUCUAACGUCAACUCCUCUGUGACCUUUGAACCUGCCCCGGAGGAUGAUGGGAAGCGAAUCUCUGUCACGGUGGUGAGCCCGGUAGUAACUGGAAAUCAAGAAGUGGUGGCAUUUCUGAACGUCACAUAUGCUCCCAUUGUGACCAUCAGUCCUGAUCCACUCACACUGACCACAAGCCAAGAUGCUAUGGUCAAAUGCGACGCCAAGUCCAACCCCAAGCCCACCACUUACACCUGGACACUCAGAAAGAAGAACAAAUUGAUCUCCAACUCUCCCUCGAGCAAUGGGCCCACGUAUCACUUCAAAACCGUCCGCAAAAAGUACGACAAUGCCAGCUUGACUUGUGUGGUCAGAAACAGCAUCGGUGAAACUGAAAUGUCAGUGCUGAUCAAAGUGGUUGAGACAAGAUUUUCUCCUGGAGCCAUCGCUGGUUUUUCUGUUGCUGGAGGUUUGUUUCUAGCUGUGCUUGUACUUGCAAGCUGUGUUGCUCAUCGCUACCGCAAAGACAUAAAGCUGUGGAGAGCUAAAAGGGCUGGCAAAGACAAAGUUGAUGAAAAGGAAUAUGACGUGUUCAUCUCCUACAAGAGUGGUAGUCCUGAUGAGGAGUUUGUGAUACACCACUUGAUACCCCGUUUAGAGCAAGAUGGAUACCGUAUCUGUGUUCACUACAAAUCCUUCCUGCCAGGCAAAAGUAUCAUCGACAACAUCUCGGAUGCAGUCCAUCGCAGCCGCAAGACACUCCUCCUGCUCUCUCCAGGUUUCAUAGAGAGUGAGUGGUGUCGUUAUGAGUUCAAGGCAGCCCUUUCCCAGAUGUUACGUCUUCGCACCGACCUCAUCCCUGUCAUCUUUGAGGACCUGGGACCACAAGAGAACUUGUUCGAAGACUUGCAGACAAUACUUCGGAGGCUGACCUGCAUCAUGUGGCCGAAUGACCCCACGAGGGACCAGUACCAGACUGAUGAGGACCGGCAACAGUUUUGGAAGCUCCUGGGGCAGGCUCUUCCAGACAACCCCCUGGAUCGGGAAGGGCCGGGGCAUGACCAUCACCCGGAAAGGGAAGAACAUGUUUGUGAAACUUCCCUUGGAAUGAACCUCAUCACAUAAACGAUGAAAGAUCCGCCAUUUUAGGACGUCUAGCGUGGCGUUCGAUCGAUAUAUCGUACAGCACUUUGGAUGGAAUUUCCCCCCCCCCCCCCAAAUCAUUUGUUUACCCCAACAAAAUUAGAACAGAAAAUGAAAGAUGAUGAAAUAAGCUUAAAUUUAUUGUGUGUUUCAAACACCUUGGAGACUUUUGAGUAUUUUUUCCUAAAUUUCGGAAAUGGGCAGAUAUAUUCAUCAUGCACUGGUUAUGGGGUACGUUGCUGUUUAUUUACUAGUCUGCAACCGUAGACGUCCAAUAUAGCUCUUUAUCUUGCUGGACAAAGAGAAAUGGAACAAAGUUAAAUGGAAUGGAGGAGUGGUCUGAUCAGACCGAGGAGGCAAAACUUCCAAAAAAAAAUGUCAAUGCUUUGCAUUAUACAGUCUUUUUUUAAGGGGAGGGGUAUGGUGUAAGUAGCGUUAUUGUGGUGAGGUACUGUAGAGGUGCUGGUGCAUUUUGCAGGUUUUUUUUCACUUGCUUUGGUAAAUAGCCCAUGAUUAAAUACUUUGUUGUGUACUUAUGAUUGUGUUCACGUACAAAUAGUUUAAAUUGUAAUGAAUUUUUGUAAAUUAUGUAUUCCUUUUGUAUUUAGCCAGACUUUGCAACCUUCCUUAUUUCAUCUACUUUCCCAACUCUACAUUGGGCCUCAUGACUCUAAAAAAUAGAUCAGUGAGCAGAUUCAGAUUGUAUAUUUUAUCCACACACAAACGUUUGGGGCCGUACUAUUGAAGGACUCUUAAAAUCCAGGGACCAAUAGAAGGAUUUUGGGCUGUUUCGGCACUUUUGCCGAAACAGCCUUUGUUUU